AUGCCUCCAGUCUCUACUGCAAUCAUUCGCUGUGAUCAAACAAACCCACUAUUCAUUCUUGAGGAUGCAUUUCCUGACCCCGUCUUACGUGCCUUUGUGCAAAGUCACCUUGGGGAAGCAUUCCGUAUUGAAUGCAUUACCGAUAAACAUAUCAUCCAAUUAGACAAUGGGUUGUAUGCGUUGACUCCUGACUAUGCCAGGAAACUAUGGCUGAAGCUGGCUAAAAUUGCAACGGUUGUUGUGGCUGCUGCAAAAGGAAUUCAUUCGGACAUCGAAGAGGGUAUCCCUCGUGACGUGAUGUCCUUUGAAUGGCUUUGUUGCGUUAUUCCCAGCAUUCUUAACUCGAAUCGAUUCCCCCACAUCUCUCUUGCCAACAACACCCAUAACAUUCUUCUCGGACUCAAAUCCACUACUAUGGAUGGAAUUAAGAGCGUUGUUGGUUCAUUCAACAUGCUUGUUCUGUUCUAUGUUAAAUGGGUCCGGGAAAUGAUCAAAAUCAGUAUUUUCAAGGGAUUAGGAUCAGAAGUAAAUUGGGGAAAAUAUUUUGGUAUGACUCAGGAGGAGUUCUCCAUACAAGUUUCUCGGGGAACGAUGCAGUUUGGUCAUUCUAGUCUAAUCAACAAGUUAACUGGAGACUAUGAACAAGACCUAGCCCUGAUUUUACACCCAACUCAUUCCUCCAUGGCUCUAACUUGGUUCUUGGAUCCAUAUGACCUGACUAAUUCCUCAAUCAACAAAUUCAUUCCCAAGGCCUAUAUUACAGAAGAAGAGGAGGAUAGCAAUAUUAUUGCUAACUUCAUUGCUGAGUCUCUCUGA